AUGGGGUGUUUGGGAGGACAGAAAUUUGUUUGGAUUCGCGGGAAAGUGACGAAAUUAAGGAAGUAGGCUUGUAAGGAAUGAAGGGUGUUAUUUUUUAUUUUAUUUUUUGUUCUCGGGAUAUUAAUGAUAAAAAAAAAAGUGGGGAAGAGAGAGAGAGUAUUGGUGGUGAAUUAAAUGGGGGGAGUUGUAGAGUGUAGCAGUAGAGAUAGAGAGAGGGAGGAGAAGAUGGGGUUAGUUAAUGAAUGCUAUUUAUUAAUUAAUUGAAAGGAGCCGUUUGUUGCUCUCACUCAACUCUCUUUCUCUCUCUCGCCCAGAAUUUAUUGCGGAGAGAGUUGUGGAAAGCGGAGAGUUGUGGAAAGCGGUGUGCUGUGCCCGACCCAGUUUACUUUCUUUUUUAUAUAUCUAUAUUUAUUUAUGUUUAGAAAUCUCUGUUAUAUUUGAUACUCUGUUCUUUUCUUCAUCUUCUUUCACUCUAUUCGGUCCUCUUUAGAAUCUUCAUCAUUUUCUCAGUUCUCUGCCACUCUCAGGUUUAUCGUUUCACCAAACUCACAUCUCCUUCUGUUCCUGGGGUAGAAGAAGAAACUUUAGUAUGUUUUUUCUCUAAUCUCAACAGAUAUGGGCUAAAAGGGUUUUCUUAUAUUUGUACUGCAGUACUUCUUAAGGUGAAUACAUAACACUUCUCUUCUAUUCUCUUCAUCAUAUUUGAUCAAGGAAAAAAAAUAAAAAAUUAAAGGAUUCAUGCUUGAGAAUUUCCCUUGCUAUAGCUCUGAAGAUUCUCUUGUCCUUCUACAUCCAUAAACCAUGAAACUUGAAAGAGAAUCUGUGUUUGGCCACAUAUCUCCGGGUCACAAGCCUGACAGCAAGCCAUUUGAUUACAACAACAUCUCUCUGGAUUCUACUGGGCUGAAGUCGCAAAGCAUCACGAAGGAAGGUCAAAAUGGGACCUUGUGUGAUUUUAAGGACAACGAGAAAGAUGCUGCUCAGUUAAUUUACUUGAUGAACGAUGAAGAUCGUUUGGCUGCAUCAAAAGUUGAUUGUUUUAAGAACGAAUAUGAGGUUGAAGAGUUUGUGGCUCCAUUUACUAAAUCUUCUUUGGAGAUACAAAAAGGAUCAAACUAUUAUACGGACAAAAGUGUUAUGGAAUGUGAACUGCCGGAACUUCAAGUUUGCUACAAGGAGAGUAGUUUCAGUUCUGUCAAGGACAUCUGCAUUGAUGAAGGAGUGCCGUCCCAGGACAAGUUUUUAUUUGGAAAUGGCGAAAACAAGAAAGAUCUUUGCACCUUUGUGUUUCCUGAUGCAGAUGAAAAUGAACAACUUAGUAAAGAACACAUGGAUAUUGGUAUUCCAAGUUCAACUGCUUUAAAAUCUUCUGUUAAAAAUCAGUCUGAAAAGGAAUCUGUCGAUGAUUGUGAAUCCAAGGAUUUGAUCCUGAGAGGUGAGGUGAAAUGUGACUCAACAUGUGAGAUUGGAAAUGAGGUUCCCAGCGAUAAGAUUUUUCCUGAAAAUGUAAUUAUGAUGAGAGAGUUAUGCAUAGAGAAUCUCCACUCCAAGGCUUCUAGUUGUGAUGACAUUGCAUCUGUGCAAGUUCAGACGUCAAGUGACAAUGCAAGUGAAACAACACAAAUGGUUAGCAUGAGCUCUGCUAUGCUAGCUGAGAAGUUAAAUAAUAGUACUGAGGAAGAAUUGGAAAUACCAUCUUCUGUUUCUGCAGCCGAAGAACUAUCAAGUAGCAGUAGCCUUGACAACCAGUUAUCCAACGAUAGCAAGGAAGAGAAGGGAAACAGAACUGGUGAUUUUGAAUCCUUAGUACCUGCAACCGUUACCAAAGAGGAGUGUUCUCAUAAUGGCACAUCUGAAUGUCUAGAAAUUGAAGAUUCUUCUCCCGUUGAUGAUCCAGUUGUUUCAAACGAAGUUCAACACAAUCAUUCUUCUGUUAUUGUAACAAGAGAGGAGGAUCUUCAAAAUGGUGUCUGUGGAGGCAACGAAGCUCCAAACACAAUGGUUGAGGUUGAGGAUGGGACUUCUGCAAUGAGAGCUCAACAAGAUUUGGCCAGAGAGGAGUGCUCUCACCAAGGUGUUAGUGGAUGUGAUGAAACUCCAGAUACUUCCUCAGCUGAUGAAAGGACUUCUGAAACACAGAAUGUUUCAAGUCCAGUUGAACAUGUCAUAGAUAAAGAGGAGUCUCCGCGAAAUAGUGAUGCUCACCAAAGUCGAGACAUGCCCAUGUUUGAAGAUGGGACAUUCGGUGUACAUACUGUUUCGGGUCAAUUUCAUUAUAGCCAUGGAGAGUCCAGUUUUUCUGCUGCUGGUCCAAUGUCAGGUCGAAUAAAUUAUUCAGGAUCUAUACCAUACUCAGGCAGUGUCUCUCUUCGAUCAGAUAGCAGUACAACAAGCACUCGUUCAUUUGCCUUCCCCGUAUUACAGUCUGAAUGGAAUAGCAGUCCAGUUAGAAUGGCCAAGGCUGAACGCCGACGUUUUCGAAAAGACAAGGGUUGGAGGCAGGGCCUUCUGUGCUGUAGAUUCUGAUUGCUUCAGUUCUUCCAAUAGAUUUAAGUUUAAAUAUAUAUAAAUAUAUAUAUACAAGAUCCAAAGUUUUCUUUAUGUUACUUGAUCAUUAAUAUAAGUCACCCCACCUUUCCCUCUGGUAUUGGUUUGUAUGUGCAGUAGUUUUGCAGUAUCAUACUUUUGUUAUCCAUGAAAGUUGAGGUGUAAGCAAAUCUUAUAUGUCCUUUGGAAAUUGAUUUCUGCAUCACCCUUGUAUGUCAGUGUCAUUCAUUACAAAUUUGAUCUUACUUAAACGUUCUCUCAUGAAUAUUUCUUUCUUGUAAACCUGCUUCUGAGUGUACCAAUUUCAGUCACCUAAUUUUGCAGGCUUAUCAUGUAACAUGGUCUUUUAUUUAGUGAUACAUAUGUGUAUGAAUAAAGUUUCCGUAUACAGAUUGUAUAGUA